AUGGCUGCCGUGCUCGAAAAAGGCAUCGUGCGUUCCGACUUGAAGCCACUGUACAAGCCGGAAGCUGUCCUCGAACGAGUUCGAACGCGCGGCCCCUUCCUGCCCGUCUUCUUGCCAACGUCCAAGAACAUUUUGACCAUUGAAACAAAGAGUGUCUGCCUUCGAAUUGGCUGCGCUAACGUUGACAAACAGAAACGGGUGUGGUUCAUCUCGGAAGAGGGAACCUCGUGUGGGAUGCCAAUUAGCCAUCGUCUCCUCCGCAUUUCCCCCAAUGUGGAGGAUAAAUAUGCCUCGUAUACCCUGAAGCUGGCUAGUAACCUGGCGGUGGAACGAUUGGUCGAGGUGCUGUUGGCAACCGACGUGAUGGAACUGAAGGAUCUACUCCAAGUGUACAAUGCCGACCCUCGCACGUUCAAAUUGAGUCCCGCAAUUAAGGGAGCGAUCCCCAUGAUACUCGAGGCAUUUUUCGUGGCCACUAUAAACUGCUCUGCCGCCGACAUGUUUGGCUGGAUGCCGACGUGGGAGGCCUUCUCAUUGAACGUGUCGAAUAUCAAUGGGUUCAAGAGUCCAACGUAUGCAGACAUUGUGGCCUCCCCCAAUUCCAUCUUCUACAUGAACGACCCAGCGUAUCCGUUUGUCGACUGCUUUUGGUACGAUGGCGAUACCAACACGGUACACGCCUGCCAAAUCUCCAAGCACAGACGUCGACGCGUUCAACGCUAUGAUGGAAAAGCUUGCUAUUCUGGACACCGGCAAGCUGGCAGUGAAUAUUACCCCCCUGCUGAUGCGAAUGUCGAGGAUAUUGCCGAAAUCUACCAAGAUGCAUUGUUCGUGACGUGA